AGUAAAAUUACGUCCAUUUACGUCAGUCUUUGUAAAGCUAUCAUGGCAGCAGCUACCAAGGGCUCCAAGGAACAAAAAUACGAUAGACAGCUUCGUCUGUGGGGUGACCAUGGACAAGAGACUCUGGAGAAUGCACAUGUAUGUCUCAUUAAUGCCACGGCCACUGGAACAGAGAUUCUGAAGAAUCUGGUUCUUCCAGGGAUUGGAGCAUUCACCAUAGUAGAUGGACACACAGUUGCUGGGGAGGAUGUAGGAAAUAACUUUUUCCUCAGCAGCGACAGCAUUGGAAAGAAUAGAGCACAGGCUGCCACAGAGCUUCUACAAGAAUUGAACAGCGACGUGUCUGGAAACUUUGUCGAGGAGAGUCCUGACAAGCUUCUGGACAAUGAUCCAGAGUUUUUCCACAGAUUUACAAUAGUCAUUGGUGUCCAGUUACCGGAAAGCACGUGUUUGAGGCUCGGCUCUGUUCUGUGGACUGCCUCAGUACCUUUUCUAGUUUGUAAAACGUAUGGCCUGUUAGGCUACAUGAGGCUAGUGGUGCAGGAACACACAGUCAUUGAAUCUCAUCCAGACAAUGCAUUGGAGGAUCUCCGAUUAGAUCAACCUUUUGAUGAGUUUAAGAACCACAUUAACUCUUAUGACCUCACAAGCAUGGAAAAGAAGGAUCACAGUCACACUCCAUGGAUUAUCAUUGUUGCUAAAUACCUGGAAAGGUGGCUCAGUGAGCAUGAUGGUCAGCCACCCAAAAAUUACAAGGAGAAGGAGACCUUCAGACAAAUGAUUCGGGAAGGGAUGAUAAAGAAUGACGACGGUGUUCCAGAGGAUGAAGAAAACUUUGACGAAGCUAUUAAGAAUGUCAACACUGCAUUAAAUCAAACCAAGAUUCCAAGUGCUGUUGAAGACCUCUUCAAUAGUGAACAGUGUAGCAACAUCACAGUACAGAGUUCAUCUUUCUGGAUGAUGCUGCGAGCUGUGAAAGAGUUUGUAUACAAUGAAGGCAAUGGAAGCCUUCCUGUGCGAGGAACAAUCCCAGACAUGAUAGCUGACUCUCAGAAGUUUAUCAAUCUCCAAAAUGUUUACCGGGAAAAGUCCCUGCAGGAUGCAGCAGCUGUUUCCAAGCAUGUUGAACGGCUUCUACAGUCUGUUGGAAAGCCGGUAGAGAGCAUUUCUGAGAAGGACAUCAAGCUGUUUUGUAAAAAUGCUGCCUUCUUGCGUGUCGUUCGUUGUCGUUCUUUGGCUGAAGAAUAUCAUGUGGAUUCAAUAAAUAAAGAUGAAAUAACGUCUUGCAUGGAGAGUCCAGACAGUGAGAUGGUCUUCUACCUCAUGAUCCGUGCUGUGGAUCGCUUCUAUCAGCUGCACUCACGCUACCCAGGAGUGUAUAACUACCAGGUGGAGGAGGACAUCAGCAAGCUAAAGCUGUGUGUGAACAGCCUGCUGCAAGAGUAUAGCCUCAAUGUCAACAUCAAAGAUGACUACAUCCAUGAGUUUUGUCGUUACGGUGCAGCAGAGCCACACACAGUGUCUGCAUUCUUAGGAGGAUCUGCUGCUCAAGAGGCAAUCAAGAUCAUCAGCCACCAGUUUGUGCCCUUCAACAACACUUUCAUUUAUAAUGCCAUGUCACAGACCUCUGCAACGUUUCAGCUGUGAACGCAGCCUGUACCAGCCCUGAGCGGCAACCAAUCUAAAGGAUUAGCUUAUAGGAAAAAUUGUAUUUCAGUCCUUCUUACAGAGAAGAACAUCAGAAAGACGGCAGCCGAUAAGGAUUUCCCUAAGACCCCCAGAUCUCCAUUUUUCUGUUGUAAAGAGAUCCCUAAACAACCCUCAAAGUGACACUUUAGCUUUUUCACCUUUAAUACUUUGUAGUUAUUACAGCACUGUGUAUGCCUCUGAUUCAGCUGUUUGUCAUUGUGUUUUGAUCUGCAACUGUAAAAACAUAUUUGGCUGUAAAGGUUUCCAACAUUUACUUUCCUGUGUUUGUCCUCAAUCCAUCGUCAGCCUCAACUUAUCUGGAUCUUUAAUGCAAGAAAAGUGAUGUAAAAACUGUAAAAGUAACCCUAACCCAUUAUAUUUAUGAAGGGUUUUAAAAUGAUUUAUCAUCAUAGAGUUGAGCGCUACUGAAUCAAUUUGUUGGUGAGCUCUACAUGAUUUAGAUUGUUUUUCAUGCUUACUUAAAGGAAUGAAAACAAGAACACCAGAAAAUGUGUAGCUGAAUAAAAUGUAUAGAUGACAAGAGAAAGUAAAACUUUAAUCUAAAAUCCCAUCGAGUUUCCUUUAAACAAAAAAAUGUAAGUAUAACUAAGAGCUGCAACAGAAAAAAAAACAUCCUAAAAAAAAAGUGUAUCGACAGUUUAGGAGGUAUUUAAAUACAAUCUAUUAGAGGUCAUGAGAUGGGAGUUGUUCUUUCUAUUGACACUAGAGGGUGCUCUUUUACUACUUUGGGUUUUAAGGACGCAUUUCGAAUUUAAACAUUUAUGACCUGAAACCAUCACACUCUGAUAUAAUCAAGAAAAAAAAAAAGAAAACUUCUCCAAGCAAUCACCUAACUAAAAUUUUGUUGGGUUUU